AUGUCGUCGGCCAACGACGCCGUUUCUCUACGCGCAGAGCUUAAGGGGUUCGAACGCGACUUUAAGGCGAAACAUGGCCACGCGCCGUCGGUGGACGACAUCAAGCAGGCUGGCUUCGCCGAACGCUAUAAACUAUACAAGAAGCUCUCGAAAGCGUCAUCUAGCAGCACAUCCAAUGUUGCAAGCUCGAGCAAGCCCCAUGCACCACAGCCACCGCCAACCAAGAGCAUCGUGCCCAGAUCGCGCGCUCAACCUGUCGAUACCGCCUCCGCCUCGAAUCCCUUCUCGCCCAGAAAAGACAAGUCGCAGCGCCGGGUCUUGGGAUCGCCCUCCCCAUCUCCCUCGCACAAGUUCCCCAAUCCUUUUGCCACUCCCGGCAAGGCCAAAUCCAAACCACGACGUGCUGUCUCGCCCGCGCCGCUCCCCGCACUUUCAUUCCUCGCGCCAGAACCAGAACCAGAACCCGAGUACCCCCCUCCGCCAAAGAACAAGACCAAUGGACACUCAAAGGCGUCAAACCCCGUCACUCGCGCUCGCAAACGCCUUCGGGGCGAACCCGUGUCACCCUCGCCCGUAAAGCCCAAACGUCCGCGUACAGAGGAUACAUCGCAGACCGUACUCCCCUUCCCCUCUCUCGCAUCCAUACAAGACGCCGAUAGCGAUGAAGAGGAUGAGUACGGUGGCGCAGACGCCAGCGCAAGUUUCGUCGAAGCCAGUCCGCGUAAAGGCGGCGCGCCGUUUACAUUGUUAUUUGAUGAUGCACCCGUGGAAUCCAUGCCGAUACCUUCGUCUGCGACUAUGAACAAGUCGCGAGUCAAGUCUGCGAGCCAGGGCCAAACCCUCUUUCGCUCGCGCACGCGAAGUCCUUCACGCUCAUCCGAUGACUUGCCCGCGCCUAUGCCCGCCGCCAAACCGAAACCACCCAAACGACGUGGUGGACCAGCUUUCUCGCUUGGACGCGGUGAUCUGUAUGAUGUGCUUCCCGGCGAAGCGCCGUCCUCUUCGUCCAAAGGAAAGGCAACCUCACGAUCGAGCAAACGCAGUACCCCGACUUCGACCCGCGGAGAUGAGGAUGGCGAAGGCAUGGAAGUGGACGCAUCCCCGCCUCCGCCCUCGUCUGACGCGGGCGAUCUCGACAUGGACCUCCUUCCCCCUUCUCCGCCUGCGAAAGACUCUGGAUCGACGUCAUAUAGGGGCAAGGGCAAAGGUCGCGCUUCUACUUCUCGCAAGAAGUCGAAGACCACUUCUACAGCCCAAGAGGAUACCGCAGACGAGAGCUCGGACGCUGCACCCGUCAAGAUAUCCGAUUCAUUUCUACACGGCCGGACUCAGGACGCGGACGACUCGGACGAGGAUAUGCAACCCGAACCUCUCUUUCGUCCCGGCGCACCGAUUGACAUGCCACCUUUUGAAAUGUCCCAGCAAAUGGCUCAGCCGUCUUCGCCGUCACAAGUACAGAUUGAAUACGCAGCGCCGCUCCCGGACGUAGCACAUCGAGCGAUGGACCUUGCGAGACCGGAAGGAGGUAGAGAAGGGGCGGAUAUCGUCGACGACGAGACCGUUGCGCACGGCAUCAUGUUCGGUGCCAGGAUGGGGUGGUACGAUGCGCAUCAUGGAGGCGAGGUGUGGGAUGCGGGUGAGUGGACAGAGGGUGAGAGUGAAGACUGGGAGAGCGAGCCUGUGCCAUGGGCUGCGGGCGAGCUGUAA